AUGUCGAGUGCGAGCGAGUUUCUUGAUAAGGGAGUGGAAUUGGUGAAGAAGGCCAUCGAGGCAGACAGUGCGAGCAAGUAUGAUGAGGCUUAUAGAUUGUAUUACAACGGACUGGACUAUCUGAUGCUGGCAUUGAAAUACGAGAAGAAUCCCAAAUCUAAAGAGACAAUAAGGUCCAAGUUCACAGAGUAUCUUUCGCGGGCGGAACAGUUGAAGGAGUAUCUGGACAAGAAACAGCAGCAGGAUCAGACGGGAGAGGCAAGCGCGACGUCCGGGUCUGUGAAGGCAAAGAAGACCAAUGGUGCAGAGGACGACGAUAACGAUAGUGACACCAAGAAGCUCCGUGGAGCUCUUGCCAGUUCGAUUUUGAGCGAGAAACCGAACGUGCCAUGGAGCGACAUUGCUGGUUUGGAGCCAGCUAAGGAUGCCUUGAAAGAAGCGGUCAUUUUGCCGGUCAAGUUCCCGCAUCUUUUCAGAGGCAAAAGAAAACCCGUUUCUGGAAUUUUGCUAUAUGGACCACCAGGUACGGGUAAGUCGUAUCUGGCCAAGGCUGUCGCGACGGAGGCCAAUUCGACUUUCUUUUCUGUUUCGUCGUCGGAUCUGGUUAGCAAGUGGAUGGGAGAGUCUGAAAGAUUGGUGAAGCAGCUUUUUACAAUGGCCAGAGAGCAAAAACCUGCCAUUAUCUUCAUCGACGAGGUGGACGCAUUGUGUGGACCAAGAGGCGAGGGUGAAUCUGAGGCAUCACGGAGAAUCAAGACAGAACUGCUUGUGCAGAUGAACGGAGUCGGCAAUGACUCAGACGGUGUUUUAGUGCUGGGUGCCACCAACAUCCCAUGGCAGCUCGAUGCGGCUAUCCGUAGACGUUUCGAGCGGAGAAUCUACAUUGCUUUGCCCGACCCAGAGGCCAGAGUGGUGAUGUUCAAGUUGAACAUUGGCGAUACCCCAUGUUCGCUCACUUCGCAAGACUACCAUACAUUGGCACAAAUGACAGACGGAUACUCAGGACAUGAUAUCAGUGUCGUUGUGAAGGAUGCGUUGAUGCAACCGAUUAGAAAGAUCCAGAUGGCUACUCAUUUCAAGAAAGUUGUCUCUACAGACGAAGAAGGCCAGGAAGUCGUCCAGUACACUCCAUGUUCGCCUGGAGACAGCAAAGCCGUGGAGAUGAGCUGGCUGGACCUGAACGGCGAGGAGCUGAAGGAGCCCGAGCUCGGAAUCAAGGACUUCAUCAAGGCCAUCAAGACCAACAAGCGCACGGUCAACCAACAAGACCUUGACAAGUUUGUGGAGUUCACCAAUGAUUUUGGCUCGGAGGGAAAUUAG